CAUAUAUUCGUGGGGAAAAACGCGCAUUGUGAAGCCGCAGACUUGCGUUGCCGCGACCAUGGAGACUUCCCUUGGCCUUGGACUGCCGCUGAUAAUUUCGUGGUUCUUGUAUUCUGUCCUUCUUAUCUCCAUUUACGUUGGUGCAACUGCCACAUACAACCUAUUCUUCCAUCCUCUACGACACUAUCCAGGGCCGAAGUCAUGGGCAGCUACCUAUUUGCCUUGGUCCCUCAGCGUUUUGCGCGGCCAUCCUCACAUCGACAUACUCGAGCUACAUAAGCGUUACGGCGAUGUCGUCCGCCUCAGCCCCAGCGAGCUGUCAUUUUCGCACACCGACGCAUGGAGGGAGAUAUAUGGCCACCUCAAGCGCGGCGAGGUGGAGAAUGAUAAGGACCCCAGGCUGGAAGCGGCAGGUGACCAGAGUAUUGUCUCGGCCCCUCGCGAACGACAUGGGCAGAUGCGGCGCCUCCUUUCACAUGGAUUCUCGGCCCGGGCCAUGGCUGAGCAGCAACCGCUGAUGGACAGGUACAUCGACCUCUUCAUCAGACGACUUCGUGAGAAAGGCCAGGGCGGAAAGGCGCGGCUCGACUCGACCAAGUGGUUCGAAUGGACGACGUUCGACAUCAUAGGGGACCUGUCGUUUGGGGUACCCUUUGGAUGCCUACAGAAUGCCGCGUCUCAUCCUUGGGUAGAGACAUUGUUUGAUUCACUGGGCGUAGUGCCAAUCCAACAAAUUAUAUACAACCUUCCCCUUUACUCGGUUCUCAAGGCAUUCUACUUCAUGUUAUUUGUGCCAAGGCACAUAAUGACCAAGCGCCAGACCAGCCAGCUCUUUUCAGAGGAGACGCUGAAGAAGAGGAUGAGUCUCGCAACGGACCGACCAGACUACGUGGAUGCGAUGCUCAGAGGUGAAGGGGAGAUGAAACUGACCGAUAUCGAAUUGAGAGACAACGCAACACUGAUAACCACCGCUGGCUCUGAAACAACCGCAAGCGCACUCACUGCGACCAUAUUCCUUCUCGGCACCCAUCCUGAUGUUCUCGCUCGGCUGGAGGCCGAAGUCCGUUCUGCCUUUCGCAAGGACCAAGAGAUCAACGUCAACAGUGUCCAGAAUCUCCCAUAUAUGCUUGCCGUCCUCAAAGAAUCCAUGAGAGUCCAUCCGCCAGUGGCAAUUUCCAUUCCUCGAGUGACACCACCUGGUGGAGCUCGAAUAGCCGGCACCCAUGUCGCCGAAGGUGCAAUCGUAGGCGUCUGGCAGUAUGCGGCUUAUCACAACCCGGCUAAGUUCCGUCAUCCUGAUUCCUUCAUACCAGAGCGCUGGCUGGAAGACUAUCAAGGAUUCGAAAACGACGAAAGGGGCCUGUGUCAGCACUUUUCGGUCGGACCACGGAAUUGCAUUGGAAUGAACCUCGCAUACGCUGAGAUGAGAUUAAUCCUCGCUCGCAUCAUAUUCAAUUUCGACAUCAGCCUGGCUCCUGAGAGCCGAACCUGGACCUCAGGCCAGAAGCUUUUCUUCUUUUGGAAAAAGCCGCCUCUGUGGACGUACUACAAACCCAGAAAGGAGGGGACGACCUCGUGAUAUGAC